CACGGGGAGUUGUUUUGGGGAAGAGGUUACUGUAUACUGUAAAUCAGCUCAUUAGCAGAGGCCAGGUUCAGUCUUGUUCACACGGCAACAUGUGACUGUCGGUAACAGGCUUCACACACCACGACCCACAUAAAGGUGGAUUUCUUACUGUAUGGAUCUAUUUCUCCUGCUCGCGCGAGUGCGACAGCGUUUUGUGGAAGUUCCGCGUCAAAAAGCUCUGCUGAGAUGUUUUGGUUCAUGCAGGGACUCUGCUUUCUGCCAGUGUUUCUGGUCAUCUGGUCCUCCAGCACUUUCAUUAUUUCCUACGUGAUUUCGAUUUUCAGAAAAGAUGUCGAUGUAAUCUUCCCGUACAUAAGUGACACAGGUGCAAACCCCCCGGAGAGCUGUAUAUUUGGCCUGAUGACAUUCAUCUCAGCAUGUGCAGGAGUAGUCACCAUGUACGCCAGAUACAAGUUUGUGGAGAAGCUGAGUGUGGAAACAAGGGUGGUGAGCCCGCGCCUGAAUAAAACAGCUCUGGUGCUGGGGAUUCUCUCCUGUUUCAGCAUGUGCAUUGUUGCAACUUUUCAGGAGACAACGGUGGUAAACGUUCAUGAUGCAGGAGCUCUGCUGUUCUUCAUCUCUGGUGUCUUAUAUAUAAUCGUCCAGUCUGUGAUAUCAUACCAAGCCUAUCCGUUUGGAUCCUCAGUGGUUGUGUGUCGAGUACGUCUGGGCAUCUCCAUCCUUGCUGCUGUGGCAUUUUUCCCCACUGUCAUCUGUGCGUUUUUUGUAAAACAAACCACACUGCACAGAGACAGUAAAGACCAGGACUAUCCUUUCCAUCUAGCCAGCGCUGUGUGUGAGUGGGUUGUUGCCUUCAGCUUUGUCUGCUUCUUCCUCACAUACAUCGAUGACUUCAAACUGUUUACCUUACGAGUGAACACAGAGUUUGAGGACUAAUCUUGAUCUCCAACUCCCAGCAGAACUUUGAAUGAACGGUAUUUUCAGGGCUGCAUUUGUUUUAAAGAGUCUUUUAUACUGUAAGGCUUUUAUAACAUCAUGUGUUAUGUGUCACCUGACUGAGUUAGUAAAAUAGCCACUUUUUAUAUUGCUAUUUAUAUAUUUUGUACAACAGGCUGUCUGUCAGAUGUGACGUGACUGACCACAUCCUUUAUCUUUAUACUUUUUAUACAAUCGCAAAUCCUUUUUCAAGUGUCCUUAUUGCGUCCUUAUCGUGUUCAGUCAAACAUCACUUUGCACUUUGCACUCUUGACUCUUUGCUACACUAGUGUGACACGUCCUGUCAGACAUGUGACCACUAAUAAGAGAAGUUCAUCACACAGUGAACAUAUGAUGGCUGCGCAUGGGGCUCCAUCUGAAUACCAGUCAAACUAAUGACACGUUUUUCUGUGGGAGCGUGGUCAGGACUGAAGUUUUGUGAGAAAAGGGGCAAUGAUACACUGAUACUGUAUGUAGGUGCUUAUUUUAUGUACACCAACAAACUGUCUGAAAUAUUACUUGGAUUAUUAAUCAAAUGCUGCUGUUUCAGUAGCAGAAGUUGUUUUUGUUUUAUUUUUACAUUUUCUAAAUUGUGUUUUCUUUGGGUCACUGUAAUGUUGUAACAGUGCAUUAAUGAAGAAAACCCUCUCUAUGGAUGCUCCAAUUCAGCGUUUUGGUUGUGGUAGUAACUGUGCACUCCUCAGUAGGAAGUAGUUUAACUAGUUUGCUCAGUAAGACUGCCAAAUGUAAUUCUUAUAAUACACAGGAAUUGAAGCUGAUCAGAGUUGAAGAGGUUUUUCUCGCUGUGCUUCGCCUCAGCUUUGGUUUAGUGGUUCCUGACGUUUUCACGCUUGUGACCCCACAGAACAAAAUGAAUGUGUUCUUGCAGCCCCUCGUCACAGGUUAAUGCUGACGUGGGUCUUAGGCAGCUCAACACAAGGCUGACUUUUCCUUCUCAAACUGUUUAAUUUGUGGGAUUUUUAGAGUCAAAGUGUCCAGCAGUUAUACACCUGAAAUGCACUCAUUUGAGAAAAGUGCAGCUAUUUUGUGUAAGAGGAAUAUAUUUUAAUGUGUUUCUUAUCUCUUUUAACUCUUACAUUUUUAUACAUUAUAAAGUCCCUGGUUGGGAACCACUGUCAGUACUGCAGCUGUUGUUUUUGUGCUGACAAGUUAUAUGACUGGUCACACUAGAAAAACACAAGCACAGAGGCUGAGGCCCUCUGAGACAAAUCAGGAUUAAUAAUUAAUAAUGAAUUGACUUGACUGAAGGUAAAGAAAAUCAAACUGUUUUGGUCAGAAGUGUUGGCUGUUGGCACUGGCUGAAAUAUUACACUUAGAUCAGCAGCCAUUAGUUUUGGAGGAUCCCUGCUGUGAUCCUGUCUAUAAUGAAGUACUCCAGAACAGACUGGAGGUCACAUGGACACAGAUGAACUCUAGAGGUACUGUAAUAACAAGGGAAAUGUUUUGGUUUUUUUAACUCAAUUACUCUUGUAUUUUUGCAUGUGAUAUAAUGAACUGCACAGAUCGUCACCGCUGAGCUGUAUAAUAAAGAUGCACUUUUUUUUCUUUUUUUUUUAAAAGCAGUCUGUAUGAGUGUUUAUUACAGGCAAACUCAGAUCCAACAAUUCUUGCUCUUGUAAGCAAAGUACUUUCCAGACUUUCCACACUCACUUUUUCACAGUCACUAUGGUGUAAUGUCCAUUCAUAGAAACCUGACCAAACACAGUACAUCUGU